GCUUUUAUUUUGAAGACGCUCACCGGAAAUAGCAGUUGAUGCUGACGCUAGCCUUCGCGCUCCGGUUAACGUUUACCGUCCGUGCAGCUGAAGUGACCUCACCUGUUUACCGGCGGACUGUCAGAGCAGUUUGACCCGGGUUAAGGAACGUGACGGACAUUAACCCGUUAACUUAGCCCGAGUCUGUGUGAGCAAACACACCGAUACUGGAGAGUGCCGGUGCGGGCGGGAAGCUGCUGGUAGUUAGCUUGUUGGCUAGCUCCCGAGCUAACAGCUCCUGAGCUAACAGCUAACAGACAGAAUGGACCUGUUCGACGACCUGCCGGAGCCCACACAGACCGCCGGUCAAGUUUCAGUGGCGCCGGUCGCUGCUCGACCACAGGCCACCAGAGAAGAAGAAAAAGAGGAGGAGGAGGGGAAAAGUGUAAAAAGAAAACGAGAAGAUGCCGAGUCUGACGCUGAUAAAGAGGAGGAGGAGGAGGAGGAGGAGGAGGAGGAGGAGCGGGGGGAGAUCAAGAAAGUUUGUAAAGAAGGCCUCCCUGUGUUGAAAGGCUUCGUGGCGGCGAGGCGUGGUGAGCGGGAGGAGAUGCAGGACGCUCACGUUCUGCUGCCGGACAUGAGCGUCUGUCUGUCGGCUCUGCCCGGACGAGUGUCUCGUGUUGCGUACUUCGCGGUGUUUGACGGUCACGGCGGAGCUCGAGCCUCUCGAUUCGCCGCAGAGCAUCUCCAUCACAACCUGGCCAAGAAGUUCCCGAGCGGAGACUCUGAGAAUAUGGACAAACUGAUUAAGAAAUGUCUCCUGGACACUUUCAGACAGACAGACGAAGACUUCCUGAAGAAAGCCUCCAGCCAGAAACCAGCGUGGAAGGACGGCUCCACGGCCACCUGUGUGCUGGUGGUGGACGACAUGGUGUACGUGGCCAAUCUGGGAGACAGCAGGGCGGUGUUGUGUCGGAUGGAGGCGGCGGCAGACGGACGGAGGAGGUCUGUGACUCUGGCUCUGAGUAAAGAACACAACCCGACCAUGUACGAGGAGAGGAUGAGGAUCCAGAGAGCAGGAGGCACCGUCAGGGACGGCAGGGUGCUGGGGGUCCUCGAGGUGUCCCGCUCCAUCGGAGACGGUCAGUACAAACGCUGUGGAGUCAUCUCAACCCCCGACCUGAGGAGGUGUCAGCUCACAGCCAAUGACAGGUUCAUCGUUCUGGCCUGUGACGGUUUGUUCAAAGUGUUUUCUGCUGAUGAAGCUGUGAAGUUCGUCCUCAGCGUCCUGCAGGACGGGAGUGUGGAGCAGAGGCCGGGGCUGACGGAGGAGGAGGUGCGGUUUGAAGCCGCCUGCCAACAGCUCGCCAGCGAGGCGGUGAGACGAGGCUGCGCCGACAACGUCACCGUCAUCCUGGUUUCUGUUGGUUUCUGAACACACGCCAUCAUCACACACACACACACACACACACACACACACAGCAACUGUCUCCUCUUUGAUUUCCAAUAAAAGCUUUUUAUUUAC